GUGCCAGGAGCUUAAACAUUAUUAUUCCACGAAAGUACAAACACAUUUUUAAAAUCUCUGUGGUGAAGCAGAAAAAUUAACAAACAGUUAUAGACAAAUGCCAUAUAAAAAUCUAAAUUACGAACAGCGACUCCCUUUCAAGCACGUUUUGUUGGCUUUGAGUUCUCUUUUACGAAAAUGUCAUUGUGCCGAUCUGAGUUCAAUUACAAGUUGUAUUAUCAUUUGACCAAUGUUCCAGCUGUUGUAGUAAUAUGUAUACUUCAGUUAUAUACAUAUCGACAAACGAAAAAGUUAAAACCGCUGCUACCAUUUUCUUUUUUCACAAAUAAUGAUCACAAAAGGACUUCCACUGUUCUGGCAUUUGGAGCCAUUGCAAACACAUUUAUUGAAAUUUUGAUAUCUAAGAAAAGCUUAAUGUUUGGGACACAGAGUUGGGUUUUUAUACCGUUAACAAAUCUUGUGUCAGUAGCAGAAAUUGGCUUUCUUUAUUUCCCCAUAUUCACCUGCAUCCAUUCUCCGUAUGUUACUUUAGCAUCCGUUCUUGGUGCCAUUUAUACAAUGUUUAUUACAAUUGGGAUUUUUGUCCGCUUGUUUCAUGUCAAAUGUGAAGGUGAAUCCCAGCUGGGUGUUCAAGUAUUGUCAGGAUUUGCGAUUUUACCAGACAUUGUAUGUUCUUUUGGGAUUAUGUUCAAGUUUAUUCAUCAAAUCUUUAAAAGCAUAAAAACAGGUGUUCAUGAAGAACGUAAAGAUAAAAUACUGAAAAAAUAUCAGCAACAGUAUGUUAAAAAACUGUUUAAUCUAUCUCCCUUUGAAGGCUCUUUAAAUUUAUUUACCAAAUAUAUUUAUAAAAAAGAUCCUUAUUUUAAAUUUUCAACGAUCGUUUUAUCAUCUGUGAUAAUUAUCAUCACUUCAUUUUAUCAGAUUGCAAUCACUGGUCUGUUUUACUUGCAUUAUAUGAUAAAAUACUCAGAAAGGUAUUUGGUGAUUCAGAGAGCAAUGUUUCGUGCCAUAAUAACAUCGGCUGCCUUUGUGUUACUGAUUGGUAUGUUACAGUUAUUUUUCUUCAUGAAGACUCAUCGAAAAGAUAUGAGAAAUGUGUACAAAAAAGGUCCCAAAGAAAUAACAAUAUCAAAUACUUCGACCAUUAAGCGAAAUCUAUUUUUUCCUGGUUACUUCAUUGCCCAUAUGGUGUUUGGAAUAGUGGUGUGUCUGAUGUUUAUCUUUUUCUUCGCAAUACUUUUCAUUUUACUGAUGGAGGUAUGUCCUGAUUGCUAUGAAAAAGUUAUUGUUCCAGCAUUAAAAAAGGUUUAUGGUCUUUUUAUUAUACCGAUUGUGAUUUACAUCGUACAACGCAGUCUAGUUUUCUUUGUGUUCAGUCCGAGAAUCAAAGACGGUCAAGAAUUUAUCAGGAAGAUGGGAUUGUAUCACAUUGUUCUUUAUUUUUUAAUGUUCUAUAAUUUACUGCUUGGUGUGUUCUCGUGUUUGUACACCGUCUUCUUACCACCAUUGUAAGUCUUGUUUGCUUGGGAAGAAUUGAUCGUAUUGUAAUGAAUCCGAAAUAUUUCAAACGCUUCCAUCGUGGUCAUCUGGCAUAUCUUAGCUUCUUGAAAAUGGAAGGAGUUCAUAAGAAUCCGAUUAUGAGAUGUUUCUGCCACAUCCUUUUUGCGCUGGUAUCCAAUCAACGAUACUUUAAUCCACGCGACACCAAGAUUUUCAGGAUUUCUCCUACUUCAUACAGAGUAUCACCAAGAGCACUCAACCGAUGGCAUCUUGCCGUUAUGUUAAUUCGAAAUCCAGUUUUGAUGCAACAUCGAAUAAAGGCAAAGCAAAGCACCUAUGGAGCCCUUUAAUACGUAAAAUCACAAUAUCUCAUGAAGGCUUCGCAAAAGACUCUCUACUUCUCAGUCUAAACGUUUCGUUGUGUCGCCGAAAGGGAGAGGUGGGGAGAGGACGAUAGUUUAACAGCUUAACAACACAGACAAAUGUACAUUAUUCUAACAUUUUUAUUAUUCUAACAUUUUUAUAUAAUAACAUGGCGACGACAACUUGGAAAAGUGGAAAACAUAAUAAACACCCUCUUGAAUAUGAGCUAUCUUUUUUAUUAUAUUAUUACCCCUUUUUUUAUUUUUUUAUUGGUUUCUGAUAUCUAGGUUUUUGUUCAACACAGAUCCACGGACAUAAUAUACAUUGUAUAUAUAUAUCGAACAUUGAUUGGACGUUUUUAUUAGCUUUUUCUCAUCUAUCAUUAAGUCGAUUGAUGUGGGUUAUAGGAGGGCGGAGGGGUGCGAGUGUAGCACUAAAUGCCCUACCCACAUAACUUCUUUCAUGUUGGGUUUUAAGUGAUAAUAUUUUGCUACGAAUGAUGUCCGUUACAUAACAAUUUAAAAUCAUGCCUUAGCGAUGACUGUCAACAAUAGUUUUUGAGUUUUCAAAGAUGCACUGUUUGGCAUAUAUUACUUAUUUCGCCGAAAAAUAAUCAAAUUUUUUCUUGCUUUGACAAUUUUAGUGAGAUUUUAACUUUUUAGACGCUCUUUACUUACUGAUUAAGGCGUUGAUUACACAGAAAGUCAGACAUUAGCGAGACAUACGUGUAUUUUGUGCUUGGAAAUAUUAUCUUUUGACUAUUUUGGAUCAAGAAACAUAACCACACAUGGCACCAACCACACAAAAACAUCAUGAAACGGGGAAAAAAACGAAAUUUUGUAAGGCGUACGAAAAUUCCUAAUAUAUAAAAAAAUCACAAAUUUUGAGAUGGUGGGUGUACCCACCUGCUUAAAAUUUUCUCAAAAUGUGAUCUUUUUAUUUAAAAACGGAAGAAAUUCAGCUACACAAAGGCUCAGGCUUAGUGGGUUAAUAUGCCAGCUACGGCUUUUUUGCUCCCCCAGCCCCUCACACCUAAUUUCACUCCCUUCGGCAUGUAUAGCGUUAAAUGGCUAUUGCUAUUUUCUUUGUUAUGGUUAUUUCCAAAACACGCGUAAAUAUCUUCGCUAUAAUUUUUUUACAAGAGUUUGGGCACCUUUUUGACAUAGCAAGUCCUACCACCGUUUUUAUAGGUCAAACUGUACAGGCGUGCAAGUUAAACUGGAUAGAUGAAAACAUAAUUACAUCACCACGUACCUUAACGUACCACCACGUAAACCCUUAAAAUAGCACCUAGUCUCUUUAUUAAUAAUACCCGUAUUCUGUCUGUUUGUCGGCAAUAUGGUAGACGAGAGUUGCAAAGACUUCCUUGAUCUUGCGCGAAGUCAUUGAAAAGCGGGGGGUUCUUUUAAUUUCAUUUUAUUAUAUCUAUUUCUUUUAUUGUGUUUUAUUUAAUACCUAAUAAAAUAAUUAUGAUUAAGAUGUGUAAAAAGUUUUUACCUAUAAAAAAAACACAAAGAUUAUUAAAUUCGACUACACUAA